AUGUGGGAUGUAGUGAAGAAGACCAGGAACAUCCGGCUCCGUGCUCACCUCUUCAACACUACCGUACUUCCUGCUUUGACCUAUGUGUCGGAAACCUGGGCAUUUUGCAAGCAGGAAGAAAACGCGGUACAGCCGAAGACCUUUAUCAAAUUCGACCAGCACUUGUCCGACUGGAUUGAUGAUGGAUGUUAUCAGAACGGUGCACCAAAUGAUGAUGCAAUUGCCAGCCGUUAA